AUGCGAAGCCGCGGCCGCCGGCACUGCCCACUCUGCGCUCCCGUGAGCCGCGGCCCGCGUUGUCCGCCGUCACCGCGCGCCUCCACCGCCCAUCGCCGCAGCCGCCGCCGCCGCCGCGCUCGCUGGCUGACCCAGUGCGGGCGGCGGGCUCCCGCCGGAGGAGAGGACAGUCAGCGCCGCUGCCGCCGCCGCCGCUUCAGCCGGAGCCAGGACCCCGACCCCGAUCCCGUCCCGGGCCCCAGCGCUAGCCGGCCGCCCGGUCGGGCGAUGAAGUGUCACUACGAGGCGCUGGGGGUGCGGCGCGACGCCAGUGAGGAGGAGCUCAAGAAGGCCUAUCGGAAGCUGGCCCUGAAAUGGCACCCGGAUAAAAAUCUGGAUAAUGCCGCAGAAGCAGCCGAACAAUUUAAAUUAAUCCAAGCAGCAUAUGAUGUGUUGAGUGACCCUCAGGAAAGAGCAUGGUAUGAUAAUCAUAGAGAGGCCCUACUUAAAGGUGGGCUUGAUGGAGAAUAUCAAGAUGACAGCUUAGAUUUGCUACACUAUUUCACCGUUACCUGUUACUCUGGUUAUGGAGAUGACGAAAAGGGCUUUUACACGGUGUAUCGUAAUGUUUUUGAAAUGAUUGCAAAGGAAGAACUAGAAUCUGUGUUAGAGCAAGAGGCUGAUGAUUUCCCAACUUUUGGAGACUCCCAGAGUGACUAUGAUACGGUAGUCCAUCCUUUCUACGCUUAUUGGCAGAGUUUCUGCACUCAAAAGAAUUUUGCAUGGAAGGAAGAGUAUGAUACACGACAAGCUUCAAACCGCUGGGAAAAACGAGCCAUGGAAAAAGAAAACAAAAAGAUUCGGGAUAAAGCAAGGAAAGAGAAGAACGAGCUUGUCCGUCAGCUGGUAGCUUUCAUUCGUAAAAGAGACAAAAGAGUGCAGGCGCAUCGAAAACUUGUGGAAGAACAGAAUGCAGAGAAGGCGAGGAAAGCUGAAGAGAUGAGGCGGCAGCAGAAGCUAAAGCAGGCCAAACUGGCGGAGCAGUACAGAGAACAGAGCUGGAUGACCAUGGCCAAUUUGGAGAAGGAGCUCCAGGAGAUGGAGGCACGGUACGAGAAGGAGUUUGGAGAUGGGUCGGAUGAAAACGAAAUGGAAGAACAUGAACUCAAAGAUAGGCGGGAUGGUAAAGACAGUGAUGAGGCCGAGGACACUGAGCUCUAUGAUGACCUCUACUGCCCAGCAUGUGACAAAUCAUUCAAGACAGAAAAGGCCAUGAAGAACCACGAGAAGUCAAAGAAGCAUCGGGAAAUGGUGGCCUUGCUAAAACAACAGCUGGAGGAGGAGGAAGAAAAUUUUUCAAGACCUCAAAUUGAUGAAAAUCCAUUAGAUGACAAUUCUGAGGAAGAAAUGGAGGAUGCACCAAAACAAAGGCUUUCUAAGAAACAGAAGAAAAAGAAACAGAAACCGGCACAGAAUUAUGAUGUCAAUUUCAAUGUAAAUGGAACUGGAGAAGGAGUAAAGGUUGAUCCAGAAGAUACUAACUUAAAUCAAGACAGUGCCAAAGAAUUGGAAGAUAGUCCCCAGGAAAAUGUCAGUGUCACAGAGAUCAUUAAACCAUGUGAUGAUCCAAAAAGUCAAGCUAAAAGUGUUCCCAAACCCAAAGGAAAGAAAACCAAAGAUACGAAGAAACCUGUCAAAGUACCUGCUGAACCACAAACAAUGAGUGAUGUUCUUAUCAACUGUACAACCUGCCAUAGUGAAUUUCCAUCUCGGAAUAAACUUUUUGACCAUCUGAAGGCUACAGGUCAUGCAAGAGCCCCUUCAUCAUCAUCUUUAAACAGUGCAACAAGUAGUCGAAGCAAGAAAGAGAAACGUAAAAACAGAUAGAGAUUCUGCCUAUGCUUUUGUUUGACUGUCUCUAGUUUUGAAACCAAAAAACUGAACUGAAAUCAUCUAAAGAGUUAAAAUUUCAGUGAUCUGCAAUUAAUUGCAUUGUGGAAGAUUAUUUUUAUCUUAUAAAAACUUUUUUGUUCAAUAUAUAUAUAUUUUAAAUAUUUCACUAGUGAUUGAAUUCUACUUUUGCCAUCUGAAUUGACUUGAAUGUCUUAAAACAGGUAAAUACUGUAAAGUGUGUAUUCUUGAUGUUUGUUGGCUCCUGUGGAUAGAAAUAUACAGGGAGAAUUACAUUAUUUUAACACAUAGAAGUGCUCCUUUCUGCUUUAUUUUGUGAAUUUUACAUUAUUGUUAUUUAUUUAAUGCUUUUAUGUUUUGUUAAUGCUUUAUAAUAUGUCAAAAAAAACUUGCAUCUUUUAAAAAGCAUCAUAGAUCAUUUUUCCACCUGACAUCAUGACACUGGCUCUGAUUUUUAAAAUUAUUUUUAAAUAACUGAUUAUUGAUUAAUGUAUUUUUUUCCUCAAGAACAGUGAUAGAAACUAAUUGAACAUUUGUGGUUGUCUUUCAAGAAUAGUAUCUCUUCAAUAUUUUACUAUGUUGAUUUAAUUUGAUAUUUUACUGGUUUACCAGCAAGGUAUAUUGUUCAGUUUUUUGCUCCUAUUUAAAUUGUGGAGGUGAAAGCAAAUUAGUUCACAUGGCACGUCCUCCCUAGGCACAGUGACAGCUAUAAAGUAGGAUGGAACAAGGUAGCAGAUGGUACAGAAUUUAUACUAUUUAACAAGAGAUGUGUUUAUUCUUCAUUGGGUUUUUUCUUCACUAUUUUCAGAAGUUUUUUUUUUCUAUCACUCAAUGGAGAAAAAUUUUAUUAAUAAUGAAAGAUUUUGUGAUAGAGCUGAUGCUUAUACCAUCUAUUUUAUAGCAAUGAUGAAUAUUAACACAAAAGAAAUAUAGAGAACUGUUAUAACUGAGAGUGAUGAGUUGAUCAUUGAUUAGUGAUGAGUCCAUUUUUAGGAUGUUUUAGUCAGUUCUUUUAAUUGGUCUUGAAAGUAAUUUUAAACUAACUGACUUGAAAUGUAUACUUUCUGUACAGUAAAGUUAGUGCUUUCCAUAUAUCCUUGAAUCUUCAGAUGAAUGAUAUGAAUGAAUUUUCAGUUAUAGAUCAGCUCUAAAACACUCGAGUCCCUAAAGGCAAGACCUUUUCUGAUAGCUUCAUGGAUAGUAUUGAUGAUUGGGCUUCUUCUAUGUUACUGACUUAAAAAAAAGUAUUUGAACCUUAAAUUUUUUUCUUUUCCAUUUUGAGAUAUAUUUUUUACUUUACUUUCAUACCUUUCUAUUUCUUGCUAAUUUCUAUCACUAAUUCCUCAUAACUGUCCCUGCUCCCCUUCUUGAUCUCUUUAGGGAGAAUACUAGCUAGCUUUGUAUCUUCUGAUCUCUCAUCCGGAGACUUCAUCUGAAUCUGCUGUACCUUCUUAUCUAAACUAGAUGAAUUGGCCAUAAUUAUGAAUAGGAAUAGUAAUGAACCAGAGGACAUACUAGUCACAUGUUAUUAUACAGUAAAAAAUAUGAAGUCAUCUUGAAAGGCAAAUAAUGUAUUGCAGAUGUCCCUUACGACUUCUUUGCUUUCUCUUGUACCGAACAUGCAGGUAUUUCAUUUGUUUCCUGAGCAUUGAUUGGAGUUACUUGUCACUUUUAUUCAGAUCAACAAAAACCAACCAUAAUUUUCAAGGGAUCUUCAUGGUUGUGACUGGAAGCUGACCUGAAUCUUGUGUUUCAUCCUUUGUGAUGUCAAAAAAUCAUCUAGUUUCUCAGAACUUUUUCUUGUCUCUAACACAGUUCUUAGCAUUAUAAUAUUGUCUCCAUUCAUCAUCCAUUGAUCAUAGGAUCAUUAUGAAGGUCAAAUAAAAUAGUAUAUAUGAAAAUGCUUUUUAAACACAAAAGCUUUAUACAAAAUAUUGUUGAAUUUAAAUAAGGUAAAUCUUUUUUAGUUUAUAUAUUUGCAGACUAAAGUGUAGAUGUUGGAUUAAAUGGGCAAUUAAGUUUUACAGGAAUUUACUUCCUAAGUCUAUAUCUGAAGAGGAACAUACCAUAUAUUAUACUAAGGGUAAAAUAUUUUUGGUGAAUUGCAGACAUUUAAUUUCACUUGUCUGAGGCAAAACAAUCAAAUACCUGGGCAUGCAUUUUACAUUGAUCUCAUUAGAGGUCAGUGCUAAGUAUCUAUCUUGAUUGGAGUUAGCUCCAAUGUGGAGAUUCAUAGAAUGAGGGUUCCAGGAGAUGGUUAGGGAAAUCCCAUUUUCUUUCUGUAAUUCAUUAAAUGGUGCCAAAGCUGGGGGUUCCCUAUAAAGCCCAUUUGGACUUUUCUCUGCUUCAAAAUAAGAGCAGGAUCAUUAGCUCUAGCCAAGCAUUUUUCUAAUUCCUGCCUUUGGCCACAAAGAAGAAAAAGCAGAUCUGUGAAUGAAUUAGUGGAAGGUCAGUCACAUCAGAGCUCAUGUCCUAGUAACUGCUGGUGAGGUAAUAUUGGUAUUUUGGUACCAUGAGAAGACAUAUGAAGAACUUCAUCAGAAGUUUUAAUUUUCUCUAAGUUUUCCCCUACAAAAUUUUCCAAAUUGGAAACUACUCUUGUAGAAGAUUAUCUGUAAAAUUGUGGUUUAACUCAUGCAGAAAAUUCUUAUAGCAAGGCAUAGUUUCAUUUUAGCAUACUCCCAAAAGCCCAUGAAUACUCUGUGUAACCUUCAACAUAAAAUAAUGAAGAGAACUUUUAGACUCUUAUGAAUUCCUAAAAUUACUAUUUAUGUGGUGGAAGUUCUGUUUCCUAUAACCUGCAAUGCUGAAGUAUCACUAUUCAAUUCCCAUUCCUUAUCUGUUAAGUUUAAUGCCUUUAUACUAAAAUUAUAGACUCUUGGGAUUGGAGAGGAAAAUAGAGGUGAUUUUCAAAUUUCUUGUUCCAUGGAAGAGGAAGCUGAGCUCAGGGAUAUAUGAGCUUUACAGCCACAAGUGGUUAGAGGCUGCUGCCAUUAAAACAAGGCAGAUGCCUGGACUCCCAACUCAGUAGGCCUUCUCUUACACCCCAAAAUGUGUUACAGGGGAGAAAAAGAUUACUUUUAAGAAAAAGCAAGAUAAUUUUGAAGAAGGGCAAGAGGGAGAGGCAUGAACUUGUCCUAACAAUAUCAAAGAAUAUUUUAUAUGUAUACCAGUUAAAGCAGUGUCUGGCUGUUGCCAGUAGAGGUCAGUCAAGGAAUCCCUGAUAAGAAUAAAGAGCCCAGAAACAGGUCCAUGUUUAUAUGGGAACUUGAUUUUUGACAGAUGGGGCAAGCUCUGUGGGGAAAACAAUAUGUACUACCUUCUACCCUUCCCCAAAAACAAAUGGUUUAAAGACCUAAGUAUGAAAAGCAAAACUUUUAAAUAAGAAUCUAUAAGGUUAUUUUUGAUUUUGCAAAUGGGAAGGAUUUUUUAAAAACAAGAUGCAAAAGCACACAGGAAAAAAGGACUGCGUAAAAAAGGCUUCUAUAGAACAAUAGACACUGUAAAUAAAAGAACAAGCUACAGACAGGAAGGAAAUGUUUGCACUUCAUUUAACUGACAAAGGAUUUGUAUCUGGAAUACAUUAAAAAAAUGAAAGAAACUCAUACAAAAGCCACUGAGAAAAUGACAACCAUGCAUUAGAACAACAAUUCUCAAAACUUAUGGUCUCAAGAUUCCUUUACACUCUUCAAAAGUGAGAACUCCAAAGUGUUUUUGUGUAUGUGGGUUAAAUCUAUUGAUAUUUUCUGUUAGAAUUCAAAAAUUAGUUAUUAAAAAAUAAGAAAAAUGACUAGUUUUCAAAGCAAAAGCUUAAUGAGAAGAGUGGCAUUGUUUUACAUUUUUACAAAUCUCUUUAACGUUUAGCUUAAUAAAAGAUAGCUGGCCUCUCA